AUGUCGACACCACUUCAAUUUCACAUUUUCCUACCUAGCUAUAUCCUCGGAUACAUUGUUGAUAAUCAAACUAAGCCUAGGAUCGAUUCUGACCUCUUCCUAAGCAAAGCCACUACCUCCCAAAUUGUGGAGGUGAUCCUUUCCUUUUAUCCUUAUUUUCGUUUUACUCAAAAUGCACAAGAAGAUCACGAACUCCUCUUGAAGAUUUUUAUCGAAAUGGUAGCCCCCCGUCUAAACAACAUAACCAUCCCUCUUGGUCGGAAAACGGACUAUGUUCAAGCCGAGCUAGGCUACCCGAUCCACGAUGCGCAACCUUCAAUCAGAUGGAUUAAUUCUAGUGCUGAUAUCGAUGCAAAACGGAUUGAAAGUUUCAACAACCACUGCCUUGUGAACCUCAAGAACGGACAGUACCGUCUUGCGGCCGAAAACCUCAGGGAGUUUGUAAAGAAGUACAAGUAUCUUAAUCAUAACGAGAUUGACGAGAUCAUUGGUGCUCAAGAUGACAUAAACGAGACCUUCCACGAGGUUGGAGGUAAUCUUCGAGACGCCCAAACUUCCAUCGAGAUUAUCCAACUUCGGCUACUUGAGCUCGACCUCUCACCUACCUCCGUGCAAGGCCUCGAAGGGCAAUUAAGAUUGGCAAAAAUUUCAUUCAAAUCACUUCAGAAGACGUUCGAAGUUGUCACUCAGGAUUUUGGGUUAAUUCAAGCUUUGUGCGAUUAUCAUAAGGAAAUUUCCAGCAAACACCGUGAUGGCCAAAAUUAG